AUGUCGGCUCUUCGUCCGAACCACAGGGAGAAGGCUGCUCCUAAAGCCUCUGCGGCUGGGAAUGGCCUCAUUGACCCGACCAAGACGGGGAAAUACCCCGUCAUCCUGAGCGACACGUUGCUUGGGCGCACCCAGAAGGAGGUGUUUACCGCCGUACGAUACAAUCACAAGCCCGACCUCGCCUCCGAGCCUGCAACAGCUAGGUUAAAGCCCGAGACUCCGGGUAGCAAGUCCAACUUCGACCUUUCUUUCCCCGAUGGCAACAACGGCACGUACGCCUACGCGGGCACCCGCACCAUGGACGACAAUCAGUAUGUUCUAUACUUCGAUCCGGCGCGAAAGGCUUUCAUCCUCGACAAGGUGGACUCUACCUUCCACAUGAAUAUUACGCGCACCCCUUCCAACGACAACCCAGAGACCUUGCGCCAGCAGUUCGAGCAGCUUGAUACCUCCAUCACUGCAGCCCCCGCUAAACCUUCGUCGUCUUCCGCAGCGACAGACAAAUCACCCGUCAAGACAAAAGCAAAGCCCGCCGCAUCCACGGUCAACAAGCCCAAAGCUGCCCCCAAACCACGGAAACAGGUCGAGAAGAAGAAGGAGCCGGUCAAUAUUCCAUUGGCACUACCAACUAAUGACGCGCCCCCUCCGCCGCCGAAACCCGCUGCGGCUCCCCCUGCCAAAAAGAAGGAGACGCGCAAGGCGGCUGGCUCGGACGAGGAGGAGGAAGACGACGACGACGACUUUGGCCUGACGAUAGAAUACCCCGAUGAGAACAAGAACAAAAAGACGGAUUUUUCUCCCGCUUUCCCAUCUCAGGGAAUCAACAUCCGGCGCUUUUCAGACUUCUUGCGGGACUCAGAGGCCGACGACGCAGACGGCGAGUCAGAUCUCGACGAGGCGCCGUUCGACUUCAACCUCCCCAGCCCUGUCAACAACCAAGCAAGACCACGGCAAGAAGAGGCCGAGGCCGAGCCUGAGCAGAUGGAGGUCGACUCGGAGCCUGACUUUGAGGACGCCCUGGAGGACGACCUCGAGGCAGAGCUGGAGAAGGAGUUGGAAGCCGCAAAUAGCGGCGAUGCCGAAGAGAGUGAGGUGAGUGAGGAGGACUAA